CUCUGGUGCGGUUUGGUGGUAUUGCUUCUGGUCUAAGAAAAAUUUCGCAAAAUUUUUGUUCUAAUAAUUUUGUGUAUCUUCGAUAGUUUUUAUCAUCAUCUGAUUAUUAUUGAAUUACGAAGCAAUUUUAUACUUAUUAGAAAAAAUCGUUUUAUAGAAAUUGUGAAAUACUACAGUGUCUGCCAACUAGCCCAUUUUGCUGAAUUUUCAUUACAUUGAGUGGAAUUUGGUGUAAUUUCGUGAACGUGUAGUUGUGAAAUUGUAUUUUUACACUCAUGAAAAAGUGGUUAAGUUCGUAUCAAAGAUGAGAAUAGUUAACAUGUAAAAUAUUUUUUUUACAAAAUUAGUUAACUAGCUGUAUGACUAGUGAGAGAAAAUUGCCGUAGUGUGCGUGUGGAUUGUUCUAUUGGCGCAGUUGUAAAAGUGUAUGUGUUGUCAUUUGCGAUUUUUGGAAGUGUUUCUGAACAGUAAAUUUUGUGUUUAAGUAGAACGACAAUGUGCGAUAGCAUUGAAUAAACUUCAUAGUAUUGAUUUGCAAAAGGUUGGAGAUUGCAGGAUUUUAUGUUCACAUGUUACUUUAUCGGUGUGUAUAACAAUUUCCAAAACUUCAAUAUUCAUUCAAUGAACCACUGUGUGUUGGAUGUAAUACCGUAGCAUUGAGAAUUAAUGUGAGAAGAAAAAAUAAGAACAACACAAGUCAUUCAACUUCUGACUACGGUUGUCUGAAGGCGUGCAUUCUUGUCUCGAAAGCUUAUACCGUUCGAGACCUGUGUAAAUGUGUGCGCAAAAAUUAUGACCGGCUUUUCGUGAUACCUUGCAUCUGUGGCACUCAAUGAACUAAACUGUAAGACUCGAUCCUUCUGUCGUUUUGCUCUACUGUAAUAAAUAUAUCACGCGGACAUUGAUUUUACGACUAAAAUGGCACAUAUAAAAAGUGCUAGUUUCCUCGUUGUAAGCAUAAACUUGUUGAUUUUGGUGAGCCAAUGGCAAAUAUCAGCAGCUAAUAUUGUUCCCUUAUCUAACAAUACUGGUGGAAAUAGUAGUGAAAAUAAGUUACAAAUCGAAAGCGGUACGAGUUCUGUAACCAAACGAAGCUGUGUUAAUGUACACCCAAUUUUUGAGCAUCGAGGCUUCAAUAAAGCAAACAUGCCAGCUGACCCAUUAACAGAUAGACCGCUUCGAUAUUGUGAUGUACCACCUGGAGGCACUUGUUGCACGCACACUAUCGAGAACAAAUUAGCAGUCCAUGCGAAAACUCUCUUGGAACGAAAUACCAAAGACUCGAUCACCAAACUAUCUUCAGUAUUGGGAAAUCGAGCCCAAAAAUUCAACGAUUUCUUCAAACUGUUGCUUACUGAAUCAAAAGCAGAAUUCCACGCAAUGUUCAAAAGAACGUACGGUACGAUCUAUGAACAGAAUGCGUAUGUUUUUGCUGACUUAUUCACUGAACUGGAGCGGUACUAUGCAAAUGGUAAAGUUGACUUGGGUGAAGCUAUGGAUUCAUUUUUUAAUGUUCUGUAUCAGAAAAUGUUCACCGUCCUCAAUUCACAGUACACCUUCAACACUAAAUAUCUUGGGUGCGUGAGUGAACAUAUGAAGGAACUGAAGCCCUUUGGAGAUGUCCCAGACAAGCUUUCGGUUCAAAUAAAACGAUCGUUUGUAGCGACUCGCACGUUCGCUCAAGCGCUAAACUCAGCUGCAGAAGUUGCCAAAAAUAUGAUUAAUGUACGGUUAACAGCUGAGUGUACAGCUGCGUUGACAAAAAUGAGUACAUGUAAUACUUGUGCAGGGUUUCUGGAAAAACCAUGCUCGUCUUAUUGCGUAAACGUGAUGAAGGGUUGUCUACAAAAUUACCUCGAGUUGGACACAGAAUGGGAUUCGUUUGUGGCUACAAUGGAGCGUGUGUCCGAUCGAUUGCUGGGUCCUUUCAACAUUGUUAUGGUUGUUGAGCCGAUUAAUAUAAAAAUCUCAGAGGCUAUCAUGAAUUUUCAGGAAACUGGCCAAGAUAUUUCUAACCGUGUGUUUCAAGGAUGUGGAAAACCUACCCUGGGGCGUCGGAGAAGAUCAACAGGUUCUGAUUCUUCCUCCGAAUUGAAACCACUGAAAAAUAAACGUAGCUCGGAACAGCCUCAGAUUAAGAGAUAUGCACAAGAUGAUAGUGAUAUUUUUAUUAUUGGGGAAGAAAAUGUGUUCAACGAUAAACAAUUAGUAAAGAGAUCAGCACAGGACUCGUCUAGUCACGAAUUAAAAUACGAACCAGUGCAAUUUUCCAAUGGAGAGAUUCAAUUCACGAACAACAAUAGCCCGCCUAGUCAUCAUCAAAUACAGAGCGAAAAUGUCAAUACUAACCGAAGCAAUCGUAGAAAAAAUAAUCGGAAACAGACUGAGGAUGAAGAUGGUAAUCGAGAACCAAUUGAUCGACUGGUAAAAGACAUUCGACAGCGCGUGAAGGACUCGAAAAAGUUCUGGUCCAAUUUGCCGUACAUGCUGUGUAAUAACGAAGAGGUUGCCGCUCUUCCGAAUAGCGAUGGUAACUGCUGGAAUGGCCAUACCAUUGAUCGUUAUCUACACACGGUGGCCUCUGAAACCGAAAAGAAUCCUGAAUUCCCAAAUCGUUCGGCGAAUGCUCGACAAAGUGCAAUAGUACAACAACAACUGUACACGCUACGCACUGCUAUUAGUCAGCUACGAAAUGCUUAUAAUGGACAUGAUGUUGAAUGGACUGACCAAGAAGACAAUUACUACGGAAGUGGAUCUGGUGGUGGCAGCGGUUACGACGAAGAAGAAGAUGCAGGCUCAGGGCUAGGACCAUGGCCAGAAGUAGACGAACGGUCGCAUAUCCCCAGUGUAUCAGGCCAGCCAGCGGGUGUUGGUGAAGGGGAAAACACCAGUAACAAUAGUGAUUUCGACUACACCAGUCAUAAAACUACACCGGUCGUAGAAGGUGGUAGCAGCAGUAGUGGUGGAACAGUGACCACUACCGGUAGUGGUAGUGAAAGAGUCCCACAAAUGUCGAUACGACGAGCCCUGUUGCUGUUUUUCUUACCGCUUGUGAUGGCUUGGUUCGGCGGAUUAUUCGCCGAUUUGCUGUGAUUUGAUUAAAGUUAGCUAUACAAUAUGUAUAUUUUAAUACCUAUUUUUAACUUAUACCAACAAUCCAAAAGUUUCAUGGAAUGUAAGAAUAGGUUUGAAAGAGAAUGUUAAAAAAGAGAUGUGCAUAUAUUUAUAGAUAGAUGCUCUUUUUGUGAAUGAUAGUAUGUUUAAUGCUGUAUUCGUUCCAAAUGUGAUGAGAUUCAACUGGGCAGUUUGAUAUCACUUGCAGUCAACCUUUAAUACGUAACCAAUUAUGGUUAGAUUCCUCAGUUUUAUGUAAGUUUGAAUCUGAUAAGUAGCUAACAUUUCUGAAUUUCAAUGUCCAAGUAAAUAGGAAAGUGUUUAUAAAUUCAUAUUCUUAUUUUUAUGUAAACACGGUGAGGCACAAUGCAUUUUACGUUUAUUUAUCUAACAAAUCACGACUAAGAUGUUCAAAACAUAAGUAACAAGAAAGUAUUCGUCAAGCUACUAAAGUAGGUGUUCAUUCAUUUCCCAGUGUUAUACAAUAAAUAGUACAGACCACAGUACGAAGAUUACUUUAUUUUAAUCUUGUACUUUGCAGUUAAAAUAGCAGAUAUCGCAUUUAUACGCACCGCCAUUGCCAUCCUCUUUUUGCUCAAAUGAUGUUGCAAACUUUCUUUUUAAAUGCGAAGGGAGCAGGUGUUGAAAUACGAUUUCAUUAUAAAUAUUUUAGGCCUUAUAACAACUCUAGUCAAAUUAAUUAAAUAACGCCUUCUUCUUUCGCGUGAAUAAAGGAUCUGUUACAAAACUCUUAUAAUUCAUAUUGCGAAAAUACUAUGUUCAGUUCUAUACAUAACGAUGCUGUAAUAAAACCUUAAACGACUGCCCGACUGCUACUUAUUUGCCAACUAAAAGCCACUAGUAGUUUUUACGUACAAUUUUAUAUCCCUGUAAAUAAUUGAUUUAAGCUUAUUAGUUAGCAUAACAAAACCGAUAACGUGCAUAGAAUGUUAGGGUAUGUGAAGUUCUAGGAAUAUUUAUUAACUUUUCAUUUGUUUGGUAAUAUAUUUUAAUUUAUGUAGACAAAAUUUAUGUUUAUUUAGCGCUAGGUACCUUACCGAAACAAAAUUUAUGUUUGAAUAAAAUGCAAUUUGAUAUUCUUCACGAUUAAUUCGCAAGCUAUAUCUCAAAACACGAAGCAUGUUGCGAAGAAACUUGUCUACUUGUGACUUGUAUAAUAAAAUGCUGCAUUAAUAAUACAGGGGUUUUAGCAUGGUAAGAUCAAAUUCGCAGCGCAUUUUAAUUUAAUAGUAAUUGGAAUCAUUACUAUAACAGUGAUUGUACAAACGCGAAAUCUAUUUAGGAAAAUUUGAUUGAACAGGCGAUUGUGGAGACCUUCCUUUUUACAAUAACCACACAAUCCUCCUGUUUGUAGUGAUAGUAGACUCAUAUCAAAGUACCUUUUAUGGAUUUUCAACUGGUAAUGUGAACGACAGAACGUAAAUAUAAAAUCAUGAUGCACAAACUGAAAUCAAAUGAGUUAUAUCGUCUGUUGUUCCAUCCUCCGCUAUACGACAGUGUGCAUUAGUGAGAAACAAUCGUAUGGUGAUAUUGAACAUAGAAUAUGUAAUAAAAAUUGUCACUGGAGAGUAUUAUCUAUAUGAAAGUACGCUAAAUAAAACCAAUUUUGAAAUAA